GGUAACUUUCAUUCUUGCAGUGUUUCUGGUCAAUUUGCUAUAAUCACUAUGGCUUUUCGAGCACGAUCAGUGGCUCUCUUCCGCUGGGGCCAUGGUCCUCGCUCGGGGAUGCUAUGUAGGGGCCGUGGUAUGGCUACAGUCUCGGGUGCGAGACCAUACGAUGUCGUCGUUAUCGGAGGUGGUCACGCAGGCUCCGAAGCCUGCGCCGCCGCAGCCCGCUCCGGAGCUCGAACCGCACUCGUCACACCCUCGCUCUCGAACAUCGGCGUAUGCUCGUGCAAUCCCAGUUUCGGAGGGAUUGGAAAGGGUACAAUGAUCCGGGAGGUAGAUGCAAUGGAUGGAGUCGCCGGCCGGAUCAUCGACAAAGCGGGUGUUAUGUUUCGGAUGUUGAAUAGGAAGCAGGGCCCGGCUGUUUGGGGCCCCCGCGCGCAGAUCGAUCGUGAUUUGUAUAAGAGGUAUAUGCAGGAGGAGCUUGUUGGGACGGAGGGAUUGAGCGUUGUCGAGGGGAAGGUGGCGGAUAUUGUUGUUUCCAAGGAGGGGAUGGAGGAUACUCCUGGGGCGCAGGGCAAGAUUGUUGGAGUCAGGCUUGAGUCCGGGGAGGUCAUUCCUACCGGACGGGUUGUUAUUACAACAGGAACUUUCCUGGGCGGAGAAAUCCAUAUCGGACUUGAUGUUUUCCCGUCGGGGCGCAUGGGAGAAGCUGCGACGUUUGGACUGAGCAAGUCUUUGCGUGAUGCUGGCUUCCAACUGGGACGAUUGAAGACAGGAACUCCGCCACGAUUGGAUUCGAAAACGAUUAACUAUGCGCCUCUGGAGGUUCAGAAAGCCGAUUCGCCGCCACAGCCGUUCUCCUAUCUCAAUAAUACCGUGCAGGUGGGUGACAAAGGUCAGCUCACUUGCUGGCUAACCUAUACCAACGAGGCCGCCCACGAUAUCAUCCGUGCCAACCUGGACAAGUCCGUCCACAUUCGUGAAACAGUCAGAGGUCCCCGGUACUGUCCUUCCUUGGAAUCAAAAAUCAUUCGGUUUCACGAUAAACAGAGGCACUUGAUCUGGCUGGAACCGGAAGGGUUCGCACCCAAUGAUGUUAUCUAUCCGAACGGUAUCUCGAUGACCGUUCCCGCAGAUGCUCAGUAUGAAAUGCUGCGGAAGGUUCGUGGCUUGGAGAACGUGACUAUGCUCCAACCAGGCUAUGGUGUUGAAUACGACUAUAUUGAUCCCCGCAAUCUCAAACCGACAUUGGAAACCAAACUGAUCAGCGGUCUCUACCUUGCUGGACAAAUCAACGGUACAACCGGCUACGAAGAAGCAGCCGGACAAGGUAUCAUCGCCGGAACCAAUGCCGGUCUAGACGCACAAGGCCGAACACCCCUCACCCUAGGCCGCUCAGACGGCUUCAUCGGCAUCAUGAUCGACGACCUCAUCACCAAGGGCGUAUCCGAACCCUACCGCAUGUUCACCACCCGAAGCGAAUACCGCAUCUCCAGCCGCGCAGACAACGCAGACCUCCGUCUAACCCGCAAGGCCCGCGAUGCCGGCAUCGUCACAGACAAGCGCUGGCGCCACUUCAGCGACACAGAAGGCCAAAUUGGCGAACUCAUGGACCUCCUCGGGAAUACGCGCCUCACGUCCAACGCCUGGUCCCGUAGGGGCUUCGGCGUGCGCGCUGAUACCUCCACCCGCUCUGCACUCGACAUCCUCGCCCUGCCAAAUAUCGAAGUCGACUCUCUAAUCCCCCAUAUUACCUCCACCCCCAGCACCGCAUACAACCCCUCAUCAUUCUCCCCAGAAGUCCGCGCCCGCGUCGGCAUCGAAGGCCGCUAUGCACCAUACGUCAAACGUCAAGAGACAAUGGCGAGAAAAUACCAACACGACGAGAACCUGUCACUCCCCGCUGAUCUUGAUUACUCCAAAAUCCGGGGAAUCAGCACCGAAGAGCGCCAUGCACUGGAGCGCGUGCGGCCUGUUAGCAUCGGUAUGGCGAGACGCAUUGAAGGUGUUACACCUGCUGGUGCAUUACAGUUGGUGUUUCAUUUGAAGAGGUUUGGAGGGAAGAAGGGGCUUGCGGGGAGGGAUGCUGAGAGUGUCACGGAGGAAGUUUUGGGGGCUGCUCCUUGAUUUCAUAGAUCUGGGGGCGGAACUUUUUUAUGUGAUAUGUAUAUCAUGCAUCUAUACACCGGCGCUUGGGAUUGAUUAUAGGGUUCAAGGGUGGAGUCUUUGUUUUAUUGGAUGAUAUAAAAUGUCUAUUUUGAUACCAUGCUUUGCCAUUUGGUUAUUAUAUGCCAGUUUCGUGUAGUC